AUGAACAUAUCAGUAAAUGGACAGUCUCAAGUACCUCCUGGGUUUAGGUUCCACCCGACCGAGGAAGAGCUCUUGCAGUAUUACCUCCGCAAGAAAAUCUCCAACAUCAAGAUCGACCUCGAUGUUAUUCGCGAUGUUGAUCUCAACAAGCUCGAGCCUUGGGAUAUUCAAGAGAUGUGUAAGAUUGGAACAACGCCGCAAAACGAUUGGUACUUCUUUAGCCAUAAGGACAAGAAGUAUCCCACGGGAACAAGAACCAACCGAGCCACAACGGUCGGGUUUUGGAAAGCAACCGGACGUGACAAGAUCAUAUACAGCAAUGGUGAUAGGAUCGGUAUGCGAAAGACUCUUGUCUUCUACAAAGGUCGAGCCCCACAUGGUCAAAAAUCCGACUGGAUCAUGCACGAAUAUAGACUCGACGAGAACUUGCUAGCCUCCUCGAGUCAUGAUGAUGAUGACGUCACUGUAGAACAGUGUGACGAAGGAUGGGUGGUGUGUCGUGUUUUCAUGAAGAAGAGUCUUUGCAAAACCAUUAGUAGCAGCCCUUCCAGGUCGGUGAAGACGUCGUCGUUCAACGAUGAGACCAUCGAGCAACUUCUUGAAGUUAUGGGGCAAACUUGUAAAGAAGAGAUAAUUUUAGACCCUUUCUUGAAACUCCCUAGCCUCGAGAGCCCUAACAACACCAUCACGAGUUACCAGCGAUUGAUGGACGACCAGGUCAACAACUGCCACGUCAGUAGAAUUGUGGACCCCAGCUUCGUUACUAGCUGGGCCGCUUUGGAUCGGCUCGUUGCCUCGCAGCUAAAUGGGCCCAACGCAUAUUCAAUUCCAGCUGUCGAUGAGAUCCCACAAUCACCGUUUCAUGGAUUAAACCGGUCGGGUUGUUACAAUACCGGUCUAAUGCCGGAUUUCUACAUACCGGAGAUGGAGAUAUGGAGCGAUGACGUCAUCGUCCAACCCGUUGUGCCCCGUGUCGAACAGUAG